GGAGGCUGCAGCAAGAGGAGGAGGAGCCAGAGGCCGAGGCUCCUCCCCCUGCUGACUCACAGGCUCCACCCCCUGAGGCGACUUGGAGGGCGGCACCACCGAAGAAGAAGAAGAGGGCUGUGGUGAAGGAGGCAGUGAAGGAGACAAGGAAGGAGGGAGUGAAGGAGGCAGGGAAGGAGACAAGGAAGGAGGGAGUGAAGAGCAGCAUCAAGACGUCGUCUCUGUUCAGACACAACCCAGACAUACCUGAGAUCCUCAGUCCGGUUGUUUCUCAGGUGAAGGAGAAGAUUUUCACCAGUGAUUUGUUUUCAGACCUGGAGCUGCAUCCACACAUGGUGGCGACAUUGAACAAAGUCCUGAAUGUUUCCACACUGACCAGUGUUCAGAAGCAGACAAUCCCAGUCCUUCUGUCUGGACGAGACGCUGUGGUCCGAUCUCAGACGGGAUCAGGGAAGACGCUGUCAUACGCCGUCCCUCUGGUUCACAGUCUCCAGUCCGUGCGGCCGAAAAUCAGCAGGUCCGACGGUCCUCUGGCCGUCAUCAUCGUCCCCACCAGAGAGCUCGCCCAGCAGACACUCCUGACCUUCCAGAAACUCCUCAAGCCGUUCACCUGGAUCGUCCCAGGUGUGUUGAUGGGAGGAGAGAAGAGGAAAGCAGAGAAGGCCAGGCUCCGUAAAGGAAUCAACAUCCUGGUCUCGACUCCUGGACGCCUGGUGGAUCAUAUCCAACACACCCUGAGCAUCGUGUUCAGCUCCGUACGCUGGCUGAUCCUGGACGAGGCCGACAGGACGUUGGACCUCGGCUUUGAGAAAGAUCUGACCGUCAUACUGAACAGUCUGAACUCUGCAGGGGAGAGAAGACAGAACGUCCUGCUGUCGGCUACACUCACACACGGUGUGACACGCCUCGCAGACGUUUGUCUCAACGACCCUGUCGACAUCCACGGGUCUGGCCCCGCCUCCUCCAGCCUUCCUCCCCUCAGUGCUGACCCUUGUGACCUCGCCCCAGCCGACCAAUCGGAGAGCUUCGCUGUGCCCGAGGCCCUGCAGCAGUUCGUGGUGCUGGUUCCCAGUAAGAUCCGCCUGGUGUGUCUGGCUGCGUUCCUCCUGGACAAGUGUCAGAACAACAAAGUCAUCGUAUUCGUAUCGAGCUGCGAGGUCGUCGAGUUCCUCCACCUGCUCUUCACCUCCGUCCUCUCUGGUACUUCGGCCAAUCGCAAGCCUCCGCCCGGCUUCCUGCGUCUCCAUGGCAACAUGAAGCAGGAGGAGCGCUCCGAGGUUUUCCAGAAGUUCUCAGUGUCUCAGUCUGGAGUACUGCUCUGUACGGACGUAGCAGCCAGAGGUCUUCAUCUCCCUCAGGUCACCUGGAUUGUUCAGUUCACUCCGCCCUCAGCAGCAGCAGAGUAUGUUCACCGCGUCGGGCGCACGGCUCGAAUCGGAGGAACAGGAAGCAGCCUCCUCUUCCUCACCCCCGCUGAGACCGCCUUCAUCACCGAGCUGGCCAAUCACAACAUCAGCCUAUCAGAGAUGAAGCUGCUGGACAUCCUGUCCAGUCUGAUGAUGGAUGAUGCUUACAAAGGGCGGGGCAAAUACCACAGCAAGACGUCGUCUCGAGCUCUGGAGCAGGAGAUCCGAGAGCGAGCGACGGUUCUUCAGACGAACUUUGAGAACUUUGUUCACGCCGACCCUCAGUCGCUGCAGAACGCUAAAAAAGCUCUGCAGUCCUUCCUGCGGGCCUACACCACCUACCCCUCCCACCUCAAACACAUCUUCCACAUCCGCUCUCUGCACCUGGGACACACAGCCAAGAGCUUCGGCCUCAGAGACGCUCCGCAGAGUCUGAGCUGCGCCCCAAAGGGGCCAAGGGCCAAACACCACAGCAAGGACCGGAACCAGAACCAGAACCAGAACCAGACCAGGAGCCCGGAGAAGAACCAGAACAAGAAGACGAACAGCAGCCGAGCUGGAGUGAGGAGGUUCUGUCCCGGCCAGAGGGAGGUUGGGCUGCUCCGCUCAGAGUUCUCCAGCGGGUUGGAGGAGGACGCCAACAAGAAGAAGAGGCAGAAGAAGAAGAAGAAGACGAUUGGUCUGUCAUGAAGAGGAGGAGGAAUGACUGACUCAUCACUUCAUCCACCUGAGGCCCAGUGGUCAUGUGACUGCAUCACCUGAGUUUUCAGACAAACAUCUGGAGCUGACAGAUGUUGACACCAGGUGUGAAUUGUGAUUGUGAGACAUUCACUGUCCAGUGGAAACAUCAGUUUGAAGACUAACACUGUAGAACUACUGCUCAUACUACUACAGUACUACUACAGUACUACUUCAUCACAUCACAUGACUUGUCCCAUGUGAUUAACACUUUGUUAUAAAGACUUUUGAUCACA